AUUGAUCAAGCGCUAUAGUCUGACGUCAUUUUCGGUGCAUGUUCUUCAAAGCGUGAAAGAAACGUGUUUGCUGCAAAACUGGAUGACUAAUCCAGUAUCGCGGCUUGAUUCUUCCAACGCUUUUUAACGACCAAGAAUCUCAAAACAGAUUUAGACACCUGUCAGUUGCGUUAGGUAUGGAAGGAAUAAAUCCUGCGUCAUUUAACUCCGGUGCAGAAGAUUCUAAUUUAUCUAAAGAUUUAUUAGGCAAUGAUUCCCCGUUACUGGAUUUCGAAGGUUUAGAAGCUUUAGGUACAGCAAAGAACAAUGUUAGUGAUCCUAGUUCUGGAAUAGAUGCGUUGGAUGAUUUCAUUGGUAAUUCUCAGUCGGGAUUAGUGUCUACGACACGCCCUCUCGUGACUAGCAGUGAAGAGGACCCCUUGGAAUUUAGUAAAGGUGCUUCUCCUACCUCUAAUUUACUUGAUUAUGCAAAUGCCGAUAUCGGUUCGUCUUUGAUAGAAAGCGGUGCCGAUACUCGCGUGGAAGAUUCUUCGCACGAGCAACGCGGCGGCGGGGACCGGUUAUUGAUCGACGACGAUCUACUGGCUGACGAUUCCGACUUCUUAAUUAGUGCCCCGGCAGUCGGCAGAAAUUCGCCUGUAUCUCCCAACAAAAAAACAGAAUCGGAGCCCGAGGAGCACUUGCCAAAAGUUAAAGAUCCGAAAAUAGACGACAAGCCCAAAGCAGAGUCCGAUAAUUACGAGUGGGGAAAUCGUGCGUAUGAGACAGCUGCGCAACCUGCUGUAGAAAGCGAGGUCGCCAUGGAGGAUCAAGCAGUAGGAAAUCAGAGUAAAAAUCCUGAAUGCGAUUGUCCAUUUGCUCCAGGAGCAUGGCUCAAUCCAGAAAAGCUUCAUCCUGUUGUUGCAGAUUACAUAUACUGGAGAGAUCCCAAGAAGAGCGGAGUUGCAUUUGGGACGUCUCUUGUUUUGCUGUUGUCUCUUAAAUAUUUUUCCUUCAUUAGUGUUGUUGCCUACAUAACUUUGGCUGUUUUGACUCUCACAGUGUCCUUCCGCAUUUAUAAAAAUGUACUACAAGCUGUCCAAAAGUCCAAUGAUGGACAUCCGUUCAAAGAUUAUUUGGAGAUGGAUAUUGCUUUAUCUCAGGGUAAAUGUAGUGAAACCGUGGAAGUUCUUAUACAGCACGUAAAUUGUGUUACUGGCAAGCUACGUAGUCUAGUUCUUGUCGAGGAUCUUGUCGACACAUUGAAGCUUGUGCUGCUUGCUUGGUGCUUGACUUAUGUGGGAGCUUGGUUCAAUGGACUGACACUUAUUAUAUUAGGGGUAGUGGCAGCCUUUACCUUGCCAAAAGUAUACGAGACCAACAAGGCUCAAAUUGAUGUGUAUGCAGACAUUGUUCGCACAAAAGGAAAAGAAGUUAUAGACAUGGUGAAUGCAAAGAUGCCAAUGGGAAAGAAAAAGAAAGAACAGUAAAGAAUUCCACCAUUCCUUCAUUAUUUCUUUUUAUAUUUCAAGAAAACUCAAGUUGCAUGUUAUGUACUUAUGCAAUGAUUACGCUUUAAUAAAUGGUGUUGUAACUAGCCACUUUUGUAGGUAGAAAAUCCAAAACACCUCUUUGUUUCUCAAAUCGCGUUCAUUUAAAAAUGUUUUUUUAAAGAUGUAAAUGGCAAAACAAUUUGUACACUAGUGUAAAUGCUAUUUGUGGUUCAAUUUUUCUGAAGUUCUUUAAUGCGUAGUCCUGUUGUCGGCUUCUGAGAUUUAGUGAUUAUUAUUGUGAUACUCAUCCAAAUGUGAUUUGUGUGCACCGAACAUUGUAUUCCAAUAUUUCGCUUUAUAUUCAUGUAAAGCUUGUUUCUAAUGACAUAUGUUAAUAUACUUCAAGAAUUCUCAGCCUGUUAAAUGUUAAUACUUUCUUUUUGUCUAAGCAUGUUAUCCUUAUUGUAGAAUUCCUAAACAAUGAAUAAAGUUGGCUUGUUAUACACUUAA